AUGGCUGAUCUCGAUCUCGAUCUCCCGGCCUUUGGCAUCCGCGACCUGAACGGCCCUACAUCUCCCCCAGGCAUCGUUCAGAUUUCCGCCUCGCAGUAUGACAGCACCAUCCGCACUCAGCCUGAUACCGCCCUUUCGUACAUCGACCUCGAUGAUGGGGAGCUUAUUACCGUCGGAAGUUCGUUCGAGCUGCAACAGCGUCUGGAGGAACCUGUCUCUCCUUCGACCCCUGCCGUCCCCUCCCCGGUGAAAGCUGCAAGAGAGGCCAAGGAAAAUAUGCUGGUACAUAUCUUCGACAUCCGGCACACCAGCAGAAGUUUGGCUGUGUGGAGAGAUCACGAGGCAUAUACGACCAAGAAACUGCGAGAACGACACAGGUCGUCGUCAUGUUCGGGCGAAGACGACACUAGUCCACCUAGGGCAUCCCCACCUAGAUCUGAACCUCGAUCUACUCUCGACAAUCCGACCACUCAGGAUAAACUGAACAAGCGUCCCGCCGUCUCCCCUCGAUCAACCCAGGUCUCGGACACUACCACGAGUGAUGAGAGCAAUGCUGGUAAAUGCUCCACGACACAAGCGACCCUCCCUGGUCAAGGCGAGAGUCCGUGUCAGAUGGACAAGACCCUUACCAGUCUCUUCACAGGUAUCGAACCUCAUCUAGGCCCUUUGGCUGACUUCCUUGAAUCCACAGCUGAGGGACUGCGAAGGAUUGCAGAAAGGACUGCUGAGGCUGAUGCCAGCCCUGUCGAGUGUGUCUUGAGCGGGUUCAGGAAGAUUAUGAAAGAUGCCGGCGAAUUGGGUCUCGAACUAUUGGCUACAUUGAACGAGGAACUAGAGAAGAAUCGAAGCAGUGAAACCGGGCAGGCUAACGGAACCCGACCUAAUUCAGAAGGACUGCAACCGUUCUCCCUCUCCGCUGAGGCCGAAGAGCCCACCCCAGAAGACAACCCGCAGCGUGAUGUUGAGCCUUCUCCAAAGAAAGUCAGCUUCAUCGAGACGGCACCUACGGAACAUCCUCCCAAGGAGCUGAAGUCUGAGGUGCCGGAGCCCUUCUACAGGGACAGCCCCUCUUCAAAAGGUCAGACAUUCAACCUCGUAUCAUCCGCACCCUCCACCAAUACUCAAAAGCCACCUCCCUUCCGCCCUUCCCCCAUGGAGGAGGUUCUGUUUCCGCUCUUGUCGACGCGAUCGCGUCUUCAAUCCGGGCCCGACUCCAUCAUUGACUCUCAGCGAUCUGAUUCCGAUGCCCUGACCCGUUAUCCACCCUUGCCGUCUCUCCGAAAAGCCGUAAGCAUCAGCGGAUUGCACAGCAAGCCCGGACCAUCUGGUAGUCGUCAAUGUGGCUUGGGCACUUCGUCGGCCUUAUCUCGCUAUCCCAGCAUUGGCCAAUUUGAAGAGCAAUCACGUGCGAAGUCUCAAGUCGAUUCCGACUCGGACUAUUACAGCCGUUGGCCAAGUUCAAUUUGGCCAUUCAUUCCGCCAACUCCCAAGAAGACAGACGUCUACAAGAAGCCUACAGUAGAGGAUGAAGAUGAGCCUGUCUCUACUCUUCAGGCAGAACUGACAGGAAAAACAAAAGCUCCCGCCAUUCAGGAUGUCCCCAAGUCCACCACAGUGUCAGUGCCUGGUGCCUGGCCUGACCAAAAGCCUGACCAAAAGUGUGAUUAUGCGGGUUAUAAAGGGCUCAAUACCAUGGUUGCUCCUGGCAACCUGUCCAAAGAUAUUCUUCAGAGGUUCUCGGAGAGAAGGCGGGACUCAGUUACCGGUGGUCUCCCGCAACGGCCUAGCAGUCCCGUUGGUACGACAUACGCUCGCGGACCAAUUUUUCCCAGAAAGUCCCAGACAAUCAGCGGCAUCAACCCUGCGGCGAGACUCAAUGGGCCAUUUGAUCCUCUUGCACACAUUCCCGCCUUACAGCCUCGACCCCAACGAUCGCAGCCAGACCUGUCAGCUUCCACGUUAGGCUUUCGGAGUGCCGCGGGAGACCCAGCCUGGCCUGACCCUUUGACCUAUAGGAGUCGGACGGUUCACCAUACUGAUCGCUACAAGCCUCAUGAUCCUCCUCUCGAGACCCAAGUGAAGAACAAUUGCAGCACAACCACAAAUUCUAGCGUAGCAUCCUAUCCAUAUGUGAAAUCAUCUCCUGUGCAGUUAGAAAGGUCUGGGUCCCAACCCUCAACCAAAUUUCACCGUUCAGUACCUGUUGCUACAAAACCUGCUGCUUCGACUCAGAAACCUGUGUGGCCUUCAACAGCAGGGAGGAACACGCAUUCUUACACAACUGGAUCUGCAUCGAUAUCCUCCGUGCCACAGCCCGUUCGAUCUCAGCCAGAAAUAAUCCGGGUGCCACCAAAAGUCAGUACGACCUUCAGGCCAUCACCCCCGAUCGCGCCUGCUCCGCCACCAAUGUCAGCCGCCAGUACCAUCUCUCGCUCUCUAUCGAUUCUUUCCCCUUGCUCACCCUCAUUCACUCGUCCUCGCGCUCGCUCGGGGAUCUCCCCACCUGAGCCUUUUUCGAGCCUGAGCGUUGAUGAGUGUGUCAAGACUCUGAAAGGCAUGGGCUUUGGCAGAGACGAUCCGAAUGAAUUAGCUCGCUUAAACGUCUAUGCGGCGGCCGCUGGAGGAGAUGUUGAGGCCGCAAUUGAACUUCUCGAGGACGAUCGUGAAGCAGCCAGAGUGCUCCGGAAGAAAACCGACAACAUUAGGGAGCUCGGGAAGGAGGCCGAUGUGGAAGAGAAUCCAUGGGAAGACUAA